GUCUUGUCAUUGUCAGUGUCAAGUGUCAGUUGUUAAUGAAUGUCAAAAAAUGGAAAAGCAUUUUUGAUAACACUAUCGUUACAAAUUAAAAUCCAAAACACAAGCUGUUUAUGAGCAAUAAAGAAAUUAAAAAAAAUGUUCUCUUUCGCUUCACGUUGUUGUACAGCACGAGGAAUACCAAUAAAAACAAAAUUGCCCCAAAUUGGAGAUGUGUCAAGAAUUAUAGUGUCAGGAAGUCUAAAUAAAACCUUGCAAUUUAACAAGAAUUAUUAUACAAACCCACACGAAAGUGAACAUAAAAAUGUUCAUCGACUUUCAUACAAAUACUUCUUGUAUUCUAUUUUAUUUAGUGCAGUUACUUAUACAUCUUAUAGGAUCUGGCUCGGACAACAAUUAUUUCCUGCAAUAACUGCAGCCGAACAAAUAACAGAAACUGAUUCAGAAAGUGAAGGUGAUACAAAAAAGAAAAGAUAUAGAAAAGAAAAGAUUGGAUUUAGAGAUAGAAAGAUAAUUGAAUAUGAAAACCGUAUGAGAUCAUAUUCAACUCCAGACAAGAUAUUUCGCUAUUUUGCUACUGUUAAAUUGAGUAUUGGAGAGAAUACUGAAGUGUACAUGACACCAGAUGACUUCUUAAGAGCAAUUACACCAGGCAUGAAGCAGCCUGAUGGUUUAGGUUUGGACCAGUAUAGAAGAUAUGAUCCAAAGAGUAUCACUCAACGACUUAACCUAGAUCUUGACGAAGAUUCGAUUUUCUACAAGCUCGGCUCUUCGGGUCUAAUCACUUUCAGUGAUUACAUCUUUCUACUCACUGUUUUAUCAACAUCGCGUCGUCACUUCGAGAUCGCGUUCCGCAUGUUCGACCUGAACGGCGACGGGGACGUGGACUGCGAGGAGUUCGAGAAGGUGGCUGCACUCAUCCGCCAGCAGAGCAGCAUCGGAUCCCGCCACCGUGACCAUGCCAACACUGGCAACACAUUCAAGGGUAUCAACUCAGCGCUGACCACAUACUUCUUCGGUCCGAAACUAAAUGAGAAACUGACAAUAGAAAAGUUCCUAGACUUCCAACAACAAUUGCAGAAAGAAAUUUUGUCUCUCGAAUUCCAGAGAAAACAGCCAGAUGAAAAUGGUCGUAUUACGGAGGCUGACUUUGCAGAGCUGUUGUUAGCUUACGCCGGUUAUCCUGCAAAGAAGAAGGCGAGGAUGUUAAAACGGGUAAAGAAAAUGUUCCGCGACCACGGCGUGGGUAUCACAAAAGACGACUACUUAAAGUUCUUCCACCUGCUUAAUAACAUAAACGAUGUGGAUACUGCGCUGACGUUCUACCACAUCGCGGGCGCGUCCAUAGACCAGCCCACGCUGCGGCACGUCGCCCGCACUGUCGCACACGUUGACCUCGACCCUCACGUCAUCAAUGUCGUCUUCACUAUAUUUGAUGAGAACAUGGACGGUCAGCUCAGUAACAGAGAAUUUGUAGCCGUAAUGAAGAACAGACUGCUACGAGGUUUAGAGAAGCCCAAAGACACGGGAUUCGUAAAGCUUAUGUACUCCCUAAUCAAAUGCGCACGUGACACCAAACCUGCUUUACUCGAUUUCUAAGCACAUUUUUAAUUAAAGUAUUUCGAAUUUAUUUCACGUACUGGUCAUUACAUUUUAAGCUCUAUUUUUUAAUGGUUAAAGAUUAUAAUGCUAUGAUACCAUAGAUCAAAUUUGUUACUAUAAUCGACAAUUUGUUAUGAUAAAAGAAAUAAUUAUUAUUUGGUAAAGUUUCCUUUUUAAUGAGGCUAUUAGAUAAAAU